AUGAGACAUUUACCCAAAAGGAUUACUGAAGUUACCAAUCAAGCAGCACAUGAAGUGAUUACUCUUAUGCCAAGAUUGUAUUUUUCAGUUUUUGGAACUAAAAUUACAACUGAUUCAAAAUUAAAGUAUAUAUUCUUAUUUAUUAAUGAUCAUACACAAUAUGUUCCUUUUGCUGAUGAUUUUGGACCUAUUGAUAUUACUGGAACAAUAAAAUUUUUGCAAAUUGUUAAAGCAAUGCAUAAUAAAUUUACUAAUAGCCAUUUAUUUAUUUGUUGUUUAAAUUCUGAAAAAGAACGUUUAAAUACAGCAGUUUUAGCUGGAGCUUAUUUAAUAUUGUAUGAACGAGUGAAUCUUGAAGAUGUGUAUAAUAUUUUAACAAGUUCAGGUACAAUAAAUUAUAUUAAUUUUCUAGAUGCUUCUAAUGAUAGUGGAGCAUGGAAAAUGGAUCUCAAAUCAGCAUUAUCUGGAUUUGUUAUUGGAUUUCAAUAUCAAUUUUUUUCUUUAAAUAGUUUUAAUAUUUAUGAACAUGAUCAUUAUGGUCUAGUUCAGCAUGGUGAUUUAAAUUGGAUUAUUCCUGAUAAAUUGAUGGCUUUUGCCAAACCAUCAGAAGAAACUUUUAUAGAUCAUUAUCCACCUAAUUCACCAGCUAGAUUAGCUCCAUUAUUUGUUACUUUUGGUGUUACAGCUAUUGUUCAAACUAAUGAAAGAGAUUAUGAUGCAUUAGAUUUUACAAAAUUUGGCAUUAAACAUUAUACUUUAACAUUUGAAGAUAUGACAGAACCACCACCAGAAUAUGUAUUACAAUUUUUAAAAAUAUGUAAUGAGGAAAAAAGUAUAGCUGUUCAUUGUAAAUCUGGUCUUGGAAGAACAGGUACAUUAAUUGUAUGCUAUAUGAUGUGGAAAUUUAAAAUUAAAGCAGAAGCUUGUAUUGCAUGGUUACGUCUGGCUAGACCAGGAUCUGUAUUAACAGUUCAAGCUGCAUGGUUAAUAAAAAUGUAUCCAUUGAUAGCAACAUUAACAAUAGAAGACAUUGAAAAUAAUAAUGUAGGAAAACUUAAGACAACAAGUACCAUAUCAAGUAGGAAAAGUUCAUUUCCCAUUAAAUCAACUACUAUAUCAACAAGCAAGGGAUCACCAAUUAAGCCUUUAGAAAAACCAAGAACACGGUUGCGUAAAGCAAAAAUUUCAUCAACUGGAAACUAA